UGUUUCCUUGAUGGCUUGUAAGAUGAAGAAAAAAUUUGACACAUAUUGGGAAAAAUGUGGUUUGGUUUUAGCAAUAGCUAUAAUUCUUGACCCGCAGUUUAAACUCGAUAUAGUGAGGCGCUGGUUCCAGGAAAUCUUUGGCCAGGAUUAUGCUGACGAGCAGUGUGCAAGAAUUAACUACACUCUUAAACAACUUUACAAAGAAUACUCGGGCGGCGGCUCCAACAAUUUAACUGGUUAUUUUGACAUGCUAGAUCCUCUGGGAAUGCCAGGGAGUACUUCUUCAAACGAUGCUGAAGAUGGCAAGUUAGAAAAAUCAGAACUUGAACGGUAUUUAGAAGAACCUAAAUUUCGUUCAGUUGGAGAUUUUGACAUACUAACUUGGUGGCGUGCCAAUACACCAAAAUUCCCAAAACUAGCAAAGAUGGCGCGUGAUUUCUUGGCAAUACCAGUUUCAACUGCUCAGUCGAAUCCCUCAGUCGAUGAUGUUAUGGAGACUUUUGACGUAGAUCCUGAGACCGCGGAAGCUUUUCUUUUUGUAAGGGAGUAGCGGCAAAGGCCUGAAAACAAGGCCUGAUAUUGCAUCACCUUUCAUCUACUUCCUGUAGCAGAAAAAAGAAGAAGAAGAAGAAUUCCAG